AUGGCGUUCACGCAGACCAAUGGUCUGGGGUUUCAGACCCAGGACGGCAUGCUGACCGCCAACGACGGCACUGCAGCGGGCCUGACGGCGGCAUUUCAUGACUUUGGCACUAGCCAGAACGACGCAUAUCUGCAGUUCACCGACUUUGGCCAUGGCGCAUCGCAGAGCAGCCUCGCAUGGACCGACGGCCUCGGAGCUGCGCCGCAGCGGCAGCCGCAGGUCCCUGGCGCUGGCUACAGCAUUGAUGGGCUGACGCCCUCACUCAAUCAGCUGCGCUUUGACGAGGGAUUUGACGACGCAUCGAGCGCCCAGACGCCCGAGCAGCUGCCGGAGUGGGCGUGCGCGUACUGCGGCAUCCACAACCCGGCCAGCGUCGUCAAGUGCGUCUCUACUGGCAAGUGGUUCUGCAACGGUCGCAUGGGCGCCAGCGGCUCCUGUAUCGUGGUCCACUUGGUUCGGUCGCGCUGCCGCGAGGUGCAGCUGCACAGGGACAGCCCCCUGGGGGACGCCGUGCUGGAGUGCUACAACAGCGGCGCCCGCAACAUUUUUGUGCUGGGCUUUGUGCCAGUGCGCAGCGACAACACGGUGGUGCUGCUGGCGCGCGACACGCCGCCCAACGCGCCGGCCGUGAAGGACCUGGGGGUGGACAUGUCCCAGUGGCAGCCCAUCGUGGAGGACCGCAUGUUUGUCCCCUGGCUGGUCAAGCCGCCCGGCGACGACGAGCGGCUCCGCGCGCGGCGGCUCACGCCGGCGCAGAUUGGUGCGCGGCGCGGCUCGGGGCUGCCCGCUCCUGGGCGGGCUGGGGCGUGGGGCGCGCCUGCGCCGCCGCGGCCGGCUGUUGAGCAUGCGUGUGUUUGCUGUUGA